AAUGUAAACAAAAAACAAUUUAAUUCGUAGUAUUUUUAAAAGGUUUCUUUGAAUUAUUUAAAAAUGGAUACUUUCUCGGACAAUUCAAGAUGUUCUAGUUUUGAGGCGUUAAAUCAUGAUCCUAAUUUGUCAAGAUUAGCAAAGAAUAUGUUUCAGAAAACAAAUGAUUUUAUGAAUUUUGAGCUGUCAUCUAAUCUAAUGGACUAUGAGUUGAUUGAUAAAAUGAAUCAAACAGCAUCAAAAAGUGUCGAAACUAUGAAAAAAGUUACAGAUGACAUCGUCGUUGCUAAUGAUGAGAUCAACACAAAGUUUGAUGAACUUGAGCCACUUAUGAAGGAGUUACAGGAAAUUGAAGCAACUGUUAAUAAACUAGAAGUUGCAGCUUACAGAUUGGAUGCUUUCACACAGCGACUAGAAGAAAAAGUCAACAUUCAUUUACAGAAGAGCCAGCAAACAUGAAUUAAUAAAAACAAUUUAUUGCUUCAUAGAUUCACAUAAUCGAUUAUUUACUGAAAUAUUUAUGUUACUUAAUAAGCCCAUGUUACAUUUUAAACAAACUAAAAAUCGGUUUACUGUAGGCUUCUGAAUUACAAUGCUUCGAUUUACAUUUAUAAAUAAAUUUUCUCAUUUAACUUUUAUGGUGGCCGAAAAGCUUUUUUUGUAGGGUGAAAUUUCUUGGAAUCAAUUUCAUCAAGAGACAUUUCGGAAUGUUCAUGUCAAGAAUAAUUCAUCGUUUGUAUUUUUAGAAGCAUCAGUUUAUAAUUAUCAAACAUGAAUAAUAAAGGGAUGAAAAUCAUACAAAGCUUAUUCAUUCUAAGACAUUCUGGCGCUACUUUUAUUUUCGAUCCCUUGUUAACGUCGCAGGAUGACGAAUCCUUAUGAUUCACCAUCAUACUUGUUAU